UUCCGCACCCGCAUCCUCGCCCGUCAGAUAUCAUUUUUCGCUUUUCCAUAUUCAUAUUCAUGAGUCUCUAGUUUCGGAAGUCACACCUGGAUAUCUAGAUACCUAAAUACCUAGGCAUUAGGUGAAUUCCCAUCACGCUCGCUACUCGAACUCCCAGCAAAUCCCAUAUGCUACCCCUCCACUUCUACUUCAGCUGAAUUCACAAUACAAACCACCCACGUAUUAAUCAAAGGGAAGUUUUACGGAGGAAACUCCUUUACUCACCAACCAAAACUUCUUUAACUGGGAGAGCUUGGAAUAGCUCUUCUAUCUACCUUCCAGAUGUUUCGCAAUCGGUAAGCUGAAAAUUCUAUCGUCUUGUUGUUGUCGUUGUUGUUGCUGUUUGGCUUCUGCGCAUUACCUUGGGCUUAGGACAGAGAGCUCCAUUUACUACUUACCAAAACAAAGCUCACCAUCUUCCCUUUUACAGGACAUCAUCGCAAAGACCCGGUGAUGAAUUCAUCGCCAACUUUCGACAAACGUUUCCAGAAGUUGCCAUCACUGCAACCACCUCUGCUGGGAACAACAAUACUCACUUAGUCGCGCUUGCGGGCGCGCCAGACAGGCAAGUUAUCUCAAAUUCUCGUCGCAAUCAUAUGCAUUUUGCAUGGGCUUCAAAAUUUCCUAUCGUAAAAGCUGGAAUGAAUGCAUGAAUUUCUCCUGGUCUGUAUUUCUUCGUGCACAUGGGCUAACGCAUUUACCAAUUCAGACAUCACAGCGUAGGAGGUGAAGAGAUAAAAGAUUUGGAUCCAACACCCAGAGCGCAGCAAGAACCAUGGCGAUUCACACCUUCGCUUUUGGAUCCCAAUUACACUUUCACCUUUCCCAAUGGAACACCAGUGCCGUUUUACACACCUACGCCGGGAGCGACUAAUACUCUAUAUCAUAAUCAAGCUGGAGAUCUUCACACACCUGGCAUGGGUAUGAGUAUGGGACUUGGAACCCCUCUUUCACUCCCAACUUCUACAGAUGCCCUCCAUACUCAUACUAUAAUGGACAUGUCCCAUUUUGGUCACCACUUGCCUCCACAUUUUCAAAAUUUUAACCCAUUUGUACAUCCCCAUCAUCAACAGCAAACCCAGCAACAGACCUCAUUCGCGCCAUCCUCCUUCGUCCAUCAGGAUACAGGUUACGAAACAAUGGACCAUGACGGAUCUCCUAUGGAUGAUGACGAAGGACCGCUUGGUUCAAUGGAGCGGGCGAUGCACCAAUCUCCAAUGCCGACUUUCCAGCCACAAUCCUACGGCAUGUCUAUGUCUGGACCGAGCCCUCAAACUGCCGAGAAAUUUCGUUUUCACGUCAUUUUAAAUGCUCCAACAGCCAUGAUUAAACAAGCCGAUGAGAUCCCGGUCACGUAUCUCAACAAGGGGCAGGCAUAUUCCGUCUCCGUUAUGGAUACCGGAUUGACUCAGCCACUUCAACCAGGAACUCGUUACCGGACAUUCGUUCGUAUCUCAUUCGAAGACGAACAGCAGAGGCAGCGACCUGCUUCGUGCUGGCAGUUAUGGAAAGAAGGAAGAGGUACCAAUGAGGCACAUCAACGCGGUGGAAAGCUUCAGGCUGUAGAAUACGUUGAAUCCACACAGCCUGGCGAGAGUGAUGAUAAACGUACUCGUGUGGAGCUUGACACGGCUUCUUUCGAUGGGUUUUCUGUGAUUUGGACCCCAGGUGCCAACUCUGCCCCCGAGUGCAACAUCGCGGUUCGUUUCAACUUCCUUUCCACCGAUUUCAGCCACUCGAAAGGUGUGAAGGGUAUCCCAGUUCGAUUUUGCGCGAAAACGCAAACGCUACCUUCUGGUUCUCCACACGUCAACGAGACCUCCGAGGUGGCCUUUUGCAAAGUUAAGCUGUUCAGAGAUCAUGGAGCUGAAAGAAAAUUGGCCAACGAUAUUGCGCACGUUAGGAAGACCAUUGACAAGCUAAAGCAGCAAAUAAGUCAGGCAGAGACUGGUAUGAAAGAUUUUGGGAAGCGAAAGAGAGGCUCAACUACAAAGACACAAUUGAGUGAACAGCGACCUGGUAAGGUCCAAAAGCAUAAACGUACCUGGUCCAUGUCUUCUGCAUCUUCUGCAGGUGGACGGGUUCCUAUGGAAGAGGAUCUUCAUUUUAAGCUUCGAGCGAUGUCAGAAAUGUUCUCAAGCCCGCGACCAAGUAGCGUCCUUUUCCUGCGUGGGUCGGAACAAGAUGAUCCCGAUCUCCACCCAGUGGCUUUAGUUGGCGAACCGCUUGACUUGACUAAAGUGGAUUCCCAUGACAAUGCCAUUUGGGCGGCGAGAAGCAGCGCACACAGCUCGACAACUGGUACCUCUUCUAUCAUCUCCCCAUCACCAAGUUCAAUCUCAUUACAUUCUCAAGCUGCUGCGACUGUCUCUAACGCUUCAGCUUCUUGGACUGAUUUUCAUAACCCGCCAUCGGGAGACUUUCAAAAUCAAAACCCACAGCAUUUGGCGAGUCCGCCAGAUCAGCUAACCAAGGUUCCCAAGUCAGACGACGGUGGAAGCCUAAGUGGAUGGAUUGAGGCUUUGGGAGUUGAUCCAUCUUACAAUCCGCCUGUAAUCGAACAACCUGUCAAGCCUGUGGCUUGCUUUUAUGUACUCCGCCGGGACACGGCUCAGCCAGGCAAACAUGAGUACCAUCGAGCUAUAUACUUGAUGCAACGAACACUCAAAGAUUUCAUUAAUGCCAUCGCGUUGAAAUGGAAAAUUGAGCCUACAAAAAUUAUGCGGGCUCUCCGUGUACUUGACAGUGGUCUGCAGGUCGAAAUGGACGAUGAUGUUGUACGAGAGCUUUCCGAAGGACAAGACUUCAUCAUAGAAAUUCAGGCUUCUCAAGCACCCGUCAAACGUGAAUGGGAAAUGGAUGUCACUGUAGACAAUGACAAUGCUGGAGCGACACAGAGCGUUGUCCAAAGCGAAGGAUACGAAUUGAGGUUAUUUUUCUAAUCAACUCACUUAAUUUUCCUUUAUCUAUUGUUUUAUUAUACCCCCAUAGACCAGGAAGGGGAUGGUCGUGUAAUUGUUAUGGAUCUGUAACGGUCUGGGAUCGGGUUUUGGACUGGGCUUGAAGGGCGUCAAUGUCGUUUUUUGAGAUACCAAUUUCUUCUAUGAAAUGUCUUUCUCGGCACCGCUCCCAAGACGUCCGUAUUGAAGAGAGAAGCAUUUACAUCAGUGGGAGAUGUUGAGGGACAGAUUUGGCGUCUGGUCUCAGCUAUAUUGGGAAGUGGUAGAUGGGGAGGGGGCAUUUCAAGCUUUCUUGCAUUUUUUCGCGUUUGUUUUUGUCGGAGUAAGCUUUCGGGCAUCCUUUCCAUUCAUUCACGGCUCUAGCAGCCACGCGAACACAAUAUUUAAUGCAAUUGCAUUUGUACAUGGCACUUCACGAUGCGGACGAACCAUUUCCUUUCCAUGAGGCUGGAGAUUAUUAUUCAAAAUGGUACACAGAUGGGCCUCGAUGGCAAUGGUGAGGUCGGCGUACUUUGUUUAGGAUCGCAGAUAUUUUUGAUUUUGCAACCGCGAUAGCAAUGAAAUACAAAACCAUUAAUCAUUAAUUC